AAAGUCUAGAGAAGAAAGGCAGAGAAGACGAUUACAUGUCUUGUCACUUAAGAAUUAUAGGUUAUAAUUUUGGAUCUAGAUUCAAAAACUUUUUGGUUUUUGUUAUUUGAAUUAAGCCCUCAAAAUGGUGUAUUACUUCGAAAGUAGUAUAGUUUCCCCACCAGCACUUCUGUAUAUGGGCAUUGAUAAGCACGAAAAUGAAGACUUAAUAAAAUGGGGUUGGCCAGAAGAUGUCUGGUUUCAUGUAGACGAACUAUCGUCUGCCCAUGUUUAUUUACGACUCAGAUCGGGUCAAACUAUAGAUGACAUUCCUUCGGCCGUUAUUGAAGAUGCCGCACAAUUAGUAAAAGCCAAUAGUAUAAUGGGUAACAAAAUGAAUGACGUUGGCGUAGUUUAUACCAUGUGGUCUAAUUUAAAAAAGACAGCGGGCAUGGAAGUUGGUCAAGUAGGAUUCCACAAAGAAAGUGAAGUGCGAAAAAUAAAAGUGGCUAAAAGGAUAAAUGAAAUUAUAAACAGGCUGAAUAAGACUAAAAAGGAAAAUCAACCAGAUUUUCGAGCUGAGCGGGAAAAAAGAGACACAUUAGACCGCGAGGAUAAGAAGAAACUGAUGAGAGAACAGAAAAAGAAAGAUGAGGAAGAGGAGAAAAAACGAAAAGAAGAAGCUGAAUUGCGAAGUUACAAUUCUUUGAUGAGCUCGGAUAACAUGAGUAAAUAUGAUGACGGAAAUGAUUCUGAUGAUUUUAUGUAAUAUAUUACAUUAAAUUACA